CUCUUCUGUUGACAGAGUUUAAUAUCGAAACCUAACGACGCUCCUCUGUUUGGUCUCGUGUCUGUUUUCUGACGACUGAUCGGCUCAGGAUUGCAACAUCGAGGCUCCGCCCCCUUCUGGAUGACGACACCGCAGGAUGGAACAACGUAACCCAGCAGACCUCAGAGUCAGUCAGUCCGGGUCCGGGUCUACAGAGCGCCCGAAGGUUCUGGAGAGGAGUAGAGUCAGAGCCGGACUGCAUCAGGAUCAGAGGGUCAGACUGGAUCUAACACCAGGACGUGAAGUGGAGAGGACUUCAGUUUAAACAGGAGGAGGACUCGGGUUCACUCGGCUUUGUUCGCUUCAGCUCUGGGUUUUUGAAAAGUUUAAUCUUUAUUAUUUUUUCAGCAGAUUGUUUGUUUUAUUCUGAUCUUUACUAAAGUUUAACUUCAUUCCAACCGAACAAGAAGAAGAAGAAGAAGCUCAACAACUGACAGCUGACUGACGAAAAGUUGCGCAACCGACGCGACAAUAAUACCGAGACAAAGACGUCACCAGUCCGCUCCAGUUCUCCCAGUAUCAACACUCCCUUCCAGUCUGAGUUAAAACUUCCACAACUUCAAGGUUUUUAUGUCUCCAGCAACUUCAAGACAAAAGAAAAGCAGACCCACAGAGACCAUCCGCUGCGCUCUGACUGUACUCAGGUUCCUGCUGGAUCUGCUGGUUUCCUGUUGACCCAGAGGGAGGACCAGAUAGUCUGAAAAUCACAUGUCACAGAUAAGCAUGGCCGUGGCCACAGCGAGGUCUCAGCACUGUCUGAAGAGGUUACUGGAUGAGCCCCGGGAGAACUUACCUAAAUGUAAAAUUGCCCGUUUGGCCCUGCCCGCUCAAUCCACCGGGCUAUCACCCUGCCUCAGAUCCAGAAGCCCCACUCCCAAGACUGACCUGAGCCAAUCCCCGACCAGAAUUGGACCGUACAUCCUGUUUGAACGCUGCGAGGGAGAGGAGACAUACAGAGCCUCACAUGCUCACACAGAGCAGCAGUACACCUGUCAGGUGAUUCCUCUGCGUGGUUACCAGGAGCGUUUGGCUGCCUACUCCCGGAUCGGUCAACAUGACAACAUCUCUGGCCUGCAGGACGUCGUGGUCGGCCAGGACAAGGUGUACGUCUUCCUGCCUGGACACUAUGGGGACAUGCACGCGUAUGUGAGAAGCAGGAAGCGUCUAGGCGAGGAGGAGGUGGGGCAUCUAUUCGCUCAGAUGCUUAAUGCUGUGACACACUGCCAUCAACACGGAGUCGUCCUGAGAGACCUGAAGCUCCGCAGAUUCGUCUUCACUGAUAAAUACAGGACUCGUCUUGCUCUGCUCGGCCUCAACGACUGCGUCCUCCUACACGGGAACCAAAAUGACGACUCACUGACGGACAGACACGGCUGCCCCGCCUACGUGAGCCCCGAGCUGCUGACCAACGGGAAAGGCUCAUACUCGGGCCGGGCGGCAGACAUCUGGAGCCUGGGCGUGUCUCUGUACACCAUGCUGAUCGGACGUUACCCUUUUCAGGACACGCAGCCCGCCGCGCUGUUCGCAAAGAUCCGCCGCGGUGCCUUCAGCCUGCCUGAUUGGCUGUCACCUCAGGCUAAGUGUCUGAUUGGCUGCAUGUUGAGGAAGUCGCCCGCGGAGAGGCUGGAGGCGUCUGAGCUGCUGAUGCACCCGUGGUUGUCCAAUCCACGCAGGCCACAUCACAGCAUGCUCAAGACGCACCACAGUUCACACAAAACACCUCAGAACAAAGUGGAGGACGAGGACCAGGUGGUGCCACUAUGGACCGAGAAACACUAAUGAUGUGUGUGACGUUCUACACUUGUGAGGACCUGCACUUUAAAACCUUCACAGCUCGAUAAACCUUACAAUAAACCUGACUGCAAAACAAAUUCACCUGCGUUAGAUAUCAGCAGCACAAUGUUUGUUUCAACACCAGAACAAAGUACUUCUGUAAUCCUGCUUGCUUGUGGCCAGUUCUCAAAUCCACGUCUCUUUUUUUGGGAAGGAAAUAGGAAAUAUGUUCACUGCCAGUAUGCAACUCAAAUAAGUCCUCACAAACAUAGACAAUGCAAGAGUACACAAACACACAGACAGACAGACAGACAGACAGACACUCACUCACUCACUCCAGAACAGUCUGAUCCUGGAUUACUUGACCCGACCCUCAGGUGCCUUCCUGUAACUGAAGCUGUGUCUCAACUCAACCCCCGCCCCUUUUAGGGGGUGUGGCCAACAUAAAUAAUUUGCUUUACUGAGUUCAAAGCGGAGUCACCUGCACCAGCAGUCGAAAAACCUUAACAUGCGAUGUGUUUAAGACCCGUUAUUACCUGGCUUUCUUACUGAUUUUCCGGUCGUCUAAGAUGCUUGAUUCUGAUUGGUCGAAACUCCUUGACAACGGUUAUUAAAUUUCCCUAAAAUGAGCAACGACAGAGACAAACUGAUGACAGGUCUUGUCGAAUCAAUCAAUAUUAGCUACGGCAACUUUAGGUCACCGGUUGCUACAAAGAAACUUAAACCAUGAGCGGUGGUUAUGAUAGCAGUUGCCAACAUGUUUGUAUCGUAAGUGGCCGGGUAGUAAGCGGGAUAAUCAUGGUUAGCAGGGCGCUAUGGGGGUCUUAUACAUCAUCCCUUACUUACCAUCCUGCAGGAGUUUUAUCCUUAGAAUAAAACAACUUCUUAUUUAUAGGCUGAUUAAAACUCAUUGAUCACAAUGUGUGGUGUAAGGCGUGGAGGAGGCGGGGCUUGAAAUGAGACACAGUUCCUUCCUCAGUGUUUACACUUCCUGGUUGCUCUUUAGAAAUUACAAGUGAAGGAUGAAUCAGUGUUUUAAAGUCAACAGAUCUCUUGGACACGUGGCCAUCGAUGUUGAACUGUAAAUUUAGCUUCAGUCUGACCUAAGUUUAUGACGAUCACAGUUUCAGUAGCAGCGAAAUGUUUCAGGCCGGUUAUUUCAGGAUUAAAACUUCAUUCACUGAUGUUAACCAAGUUUUCACAAGACCUCACAUCUUUAAGACAAUUUUUUUUAUAAAAAGCACACAUUUUUACAACCUUGAAGUUCUAUUCCAGAGAUAACGGGACUGAAAUGAUUCCUUUGUUCAUUGACCGAUCACAGCUCAACACACCUGCAGCCAGCUAACAGGAUGCCUUCUUCUGAACGUUUCAUUCAGACCUCAUUUAAAACUGCAGAAUAAAUAAAGUGGUUUUACUAAA